UUAUUAUUAUUAUUAUUAUUAUUUUUUAUUUUUUUGGCAGAAAUAUAAGAUGGGUGAUCAAAACCCCCCACCAAACCUUCAAGUUCAAGCUAUGAUGGAUGAAAUGCGACGUUUGAUGACAAAUGAAUUUAACCAAGUACAUGAAAGAAUGGACCGAAUGGAGGCACAAGUACAAAGAACUCGAUCUCGAGCAUCAUCACAGGUUUCUAACGGGGAAGAAGAGGAUGAUGGUUGGGAACCUGAAAGGCGACCAAAUAGAAGGAGGUCACGAAGAGAUGACAAUUUAAGUUCUAUUAAAAUGAAAGUUCCUUCUUUCAAAGGCAAGUCAGACCCGGACGCGUACAUUGAAUGGGAGACAAAAAUGGAGUUCAUAUUUGAUUGUCAUGAAUAUUCCAACCGUAAGAAGGUAAAACUAGCCGUAGUUGAGUUUUCUGAUUAUGCACUAACAUGGUGGGAUCAACUUCUAAUCACUAGACGGAGAAAUGGAGAAAGGCCUAUUGAGACAUGGGAUGAAAUGAAGAGUGUCAUGCGAAGACGGUUUGUGCCAAGUCAUUACUUUCGCGAUCUCCACAAUAAACUUCAAAGCUUAAAACAAGGCAGCAAGUGUGUUGAUGAUUACUUCAAAGAAAUGGAGGUUAUGAUGGUUCGUGCCAAUAUUGAGGAGGAUCCUGAGGCAACCAUGGCCAGAUUCUUAAAUGGCUUAAAUCUUGAAAUUCGUGAUCGCGUUGAGAUGCAACAUUAUGUUGAAAUUGAAGACAUGGUCCAUAUGGCUGUUAAAAUUGAGAAACAAUUAAAAAGAGGUGGCGGGUCUCGAAAUAACACUUGGAAGGCUAGUACUUCAAAAAAAUCAGAAAAUACACCUACUUCUUCUUCUAAUUCCAAAUCUGAUCCUAAAACAACAAACUCUUCAAAAGGAAAAACUGAUUCUUCUACUUUUAGGAAUCGUGACAUAAAGUGUUUCAAGUGUCAAGGAAGGGGUCAUAUUGCAAGUCAAUGUCCAAAUAAGCUUACCAUGGUGGUUAGAGAAAAUGGCGAGAUCGAAACGGAUGAAUCAGAUUCUAUAGUUUCAACGGAAGAUUGUAGUUAUGAUGAAGAGGUGGCUGUUCAAGGUGAUUUGUUGGUUGCAAGACGAGCUCUAAACAUUCAAUCCAAGGAGGGAGACGAUGCCCAAAGGGAGAAUAUAUUUCAUACUCGUUGCUAUGUUCAAGGCAAGGUAUGUAGUGUUAUAAUUGAUGGUGGGAGUUGUACUAACGUUGCAAGUACUUCCAUGGUUGAAAAGUUAGGUAUACCCACGAUGAAGCAUCAAAAACCAUACAAACUUCAAUGGCUCAAUGAUAGUGGUGAGGUGCGAGUUACAAAACAGGUGAUGGUUUCAUUUCGGAUUGGAAGAUAUGAAGACGAGGUGUUGUGUGAUGUUGUUCCUAUGCAAGCCACUCACUUGCUGCUAGGUAGACCAUGGCAAUAUGAUAGACACGUAAGUCACGACGGUUUCACUAACAAAUACACUUUUGUUUACAAAACAAAACCGGUAACUCUUGUACCAAUGUCACCAAUUCAAGUUUACCAAGAUCAAGUAAAACUUCAACAAGAUGCGAAAAAAGAGAGGAAAGAAAAAAAGGAAAAUAAAUAUAUUGCACUGGCAAAAAAAAGUGAGAUAAAAGAAGCUUUUAAAUCAGAAAUGCAUAUUGUGCUUCUUUUGUUCAAAGAAGCUCCAAUAGCCACUAACACUUUGGCCGGAACUCUUCCGAGCGAUGUUACCUCUCUCUUGCAGGAAUUUGGAGACUUGUUUGCUGAGGAUGUUCCAAAUGGAUUGCCACCAAUUCGUGGGAUUGAACACCAAAUUGACUUUAUGCCUGGGGCGUCUAUUCCCAACAAACCAGCCUAUAGAACAAGCCCUGAAGAAACCAAGGAGCUACAAAGGCAAAAGGAUGGUUCUUGGAGGAUGUGCGUAGAUUGCCGUGCCAUCAACAAUAUUACGGUAAAGUAUCGUCAUCCCAUUCCCCGACUCGAUGAUAUGCUUGAUGAGUUGUAUGGAGCAAAACUUUUUUCCAAAAUUGAUUUAAAAAGCGGGUAUCACCAAAUUCGCAUGAAAGAAGGUGAUGAGUGGAAAACAGCUUUUAAAACAAAACAUGGUUUAUAUGAAUGGUUAGUAAUGCCUUUUGGCCUAACUAAUGCUCCUAGUACCUUCAUGAGAUUAAUGAACCAUGUUUUGCGUGAAUAUAUUGGCAAAUUUGUGGUUGUUUACUUCGAUCAUAUUUUGAUUUAUUCAAAGUGUCCAAAAGAUCACCUUGAGCAUCUGACAUGUGUUUUGAGUGUGCUUAGGAAAGAAAGGCUAUAUGCUAACUUGAAGAAGUGUACCUUUUGUACUGACCAAGUUGUUUUCCUUGGGUAUGUGGUGAGCUCCCAAGGAGUGGCUGUUGAUGAAGAAAAGGUAAAAGCCAUCCAAGAUUGGCCAACUCCAAAGACUAUAAGUGAAGUUCGAAGUUUUCAUGGCCUGGCAAGUUUUUAUCGCCGGUUUGUCAAACAUUUUAGCACUUUAGCAUCACCACUUACAGAAAUCAUCAAAAAGAAUGUUGGGUUUAAAUGGGGCAAAGAACAAGAGCAUGCUUUUCAACAACUCAAGUUUCACUUAACUCAUGCUCCUUUGUUGUCUUUGCCUAAUUUUGACAAAACAUUUGAAAUUGAAUGUGAUGCAUCAGGAAUUGGAAUUGGUGCUGUUUUGAUGCAAGAGGGUAAACCUUUGGCAUAUUUCAGUGAAAAAUUAAGUGGGGCAACUUUAAAUUACCCAACUUAUGACAAAGAGCUUUAUUCUUUGGUCCGAGCAUUGAAAACAUGGCAACAUUAUCUGUGGGCUAAAGAAUUUGUAAUUCAUUCAUAUCAUGAGUCCUUAAAGUUUCUAAAAGGACAACACAAAUUAAACAAAAGACAUGCUAGGUGGAUGGAGUUCAUUGAGACAUUUCCUUAUGUCAUCCGAUACAAGAAAGGUAAGGAAAAUGUUGUGGCUGAUGCUUUGUCACGUAGACACUCUCUACUUUCUUCUCUAGAUUUCAAAAUUCUAGGAUUUGAACAAAUCAAGGAAUUAUACCACAAUGACGUUGAUUUUGGUCAGAUUUACCAAGCUUGUGAACAAUGCUCUUUUGAAAAGUUUUUCUUACAUAAUGGUUUUUUGUUCAAAGAAUCAAGACUUUGCAUUCCUAAAUCUUCCUUGCGUGAGCUUUUGGUUAGAGAAGCACAUAGUGGAGGCCUUAUGGGACAUUUUGGGAUCGCAAAAACAUUAUCUACUUUGCAGGAACAUUUCUUUUGGCCAAAAAUGAAGGUGGAUGUUGGAAGAAUUUGCAAUAAUUGUAUUGUGUGCAAGCAAGCCAAAUCCAAGGUUCAACAUCAUGGUUUAUAUACUCCACUUCCAAUACCAUGUGAACCAUGGGUUGAUAUUUCAAUGGACUUCGUGUUGGGUCUACCAAGAUCCAAAAGUGGAAAGGACUCUAUUUUUGUGAUUUUUGCAUACAAUCGUGCCACUCAUUCUGCUACAAAAAUGUCACCAUUUGAAAUUGUAUACGGUUUUAAUCCUUUGACUCCUUUGGAUUUAUCACCUUUGCCUUUUUCUGAGCAGGUUAACUUAGAUGGAAACAAAAAGGCUGAAUUUGUGAAACAGAUACAUGAGAAAGCAAGACUAAAUAUAGAAAGAAGAACGGAGCAAUAUUCAAAACAAGCGAAUAAAGGGCGACGCAAGAUGAUUUUUGAACCGGGUGAUUGGGUUUGGUUACAUAUGAGAAAAGAACGAUUUCCAGCCCAACGACGUUCAAAAUUACUUCCAAGAGGGGACGGUCCUUUCCAAGUUUUAAAGCGUAUCAAUGACAAUGCAUACAAAUUGGACCUGCCGGGUGAGUAUAAUGUUAGUGCAACUUUCAAUGUAACUGAUCUAGCUCCUUUUGAUGUAGGUUCUGAUUUGAGGACAAAUCCUUUUCAAGAGGAGGGGAAUGAUGCAAACCCACAGCUGUCAACAAAGGAUCCAAAUCAAAUGCCAGAUGGACCAGUUACGAGGGCACGAGCUAAAACAUUCAAAUAG